CUGACGUAAUCGAAGGAGAUGCAAGCCGUCUUGGAGGUGCGAUGCAAGAAAGAGAUGGCGGAUGCAGCCGAGUGCGGCGUGAAAGUAAUGUGCCGUUUCAGGCCACUGAAUCAAUCAGAAAUCUCCAGGGGAGACACGUACAUCCCUAAAUUCAAGGGCGAAGAUACCGUGGUCGUAGCGAGCAAGUCAUAUGUUUUCGACAGAGUCCUACCCCCAAACACCACCCAGGAUCAAGUCUACAGCACCUGUGCCAAGCAGAUCGUCAAAGAUGUUCUGGAAGGAUACAAUGGCACAAUCUUCGCUUACGGACAGACGUCUUCGGGGAAAACUCACACCAUGGAGGGCAAGCUCCAUGACCUUGGGCAGAUGGGCAUCAUUCCCCGCAUCGCCCGUGACAUCUUUGACCACAUCUACUCCAUGGACGAGAACCUGGAGUUCCACAUCAAGGUCUCAUACUUUGAGAUUUAUCUGGACAAAAUAAGAGAUUUGUUAGACGUGUCCAAGACCAAUCUCGCCGUACAUGAAGACAAUAACAGAGUUCCCUACGUCAAGGGCUGCACGGAGAGGUUCGUCUCCAGCCCUGAGGAGGUGAUGGACGUCAUCGAUGAGGGAAAAGCCAACCGACAUGUUGCUGUGACAAACAUGAAUGAGCACAGUUCGAGAAGUCACAGCAUCUUCCUGAUCAACAUCAAGCAGCAGAACGUAGAGACAGAGAAGAAGCUGUCCGGGAAGCUCUACCUGGUGGACCUGGCUGGUAGCGAGAAGGUCAGCAAGACGGGGGCAGAGGGAGCUGUGCUGGAUGAGGCCAAAAAUAUCAACAAGUCCCUCUCAGCCUUGGGGAACGUCAUCUCUGCCCUGGCCGAGGGAACUAAAACCCACGUGCCAUAUAGGGAUAGCAAGAUGACCCGCAUCCUGCAGGAUUCACUGGGUGGGAACUGCAGGACCACCAUCAUCAUCUGCUGUUCGCCCUCCAUCUACAACGAGGCUGAGACCAAGUCCACACUGAUGUUUGGGCAGAGAGCCAAGACCAUCAAGAACACAGUGUCUGUCAACCAGGAGCUGACGGCCGAAGAGUGGAAGAGGAAGUACGAGAAGGAGAAGGAGAAGAAUCGUGGCCUGAAGCUCAUCAUCCAGCGGCUAGAGAUAGAGCUGCUGCGCUGGAGGAAAGGUGAGUCUGUGCCCAAGGAGGAGCAGCUGAAUGCCAAGGACCAGAAGAGCUUAGACCUUGGAGAAAACAUACCUGUCAUCAGCGCUCUGGGUCCCCCCGAGAACCUGCUGUCUGCUGAUGAGAGGACCAAGUAUGAAGAAGACAUUGCUGAGCUUUACAAGCAGCUGGAUGACAAGGACGAUGAGAUCAACCAGCACAGUCAGAUGGCCCAGAAACUGAUGCAGCAAAUGCUGGACCAGGAUGAGCUUCUGGCAUCGACUCGGCGCGACUACGACAAGAUUCAGGAGGAGCUGUCGAGGCUGCAGACGGAGAACGAGGCAGCCAAAGAGGAGGUGAAAGAGGUGCUGCAGGCCCUGGAGGAGCUGGCGGUGAACUACGACCAGAAGAGCCAGGAGGUGGAGGACAAGGCGCGGGCCAACGAGCAGCUAGUGGAGGAGGUGGCACAGAAGACGGCAUCCCUGGCAACCAUGCAGAGGGAGCUGACCCAGCUGCAGGAUGUCAGCUCCCACCACAGGAAGCGGAGCGCUGAGGUCCUCGGCCUGCUGCUCAGAGAUCUGGGCGAGAUUGGAGCUAUCAUCAGCACCAGCGACACCAAGGUAACUGAGCCGAGCGGAGCCAUUGAGGAGGACUUCACUGUGGCGAGACUCUACAUCAGCAAGAUGAAGUCAGAGGUGAAGUCGCUGGUGAACCGAGGCAAGCAGCUGGAGACCUCCCAGGCUGACAUCCACCGCAAGAUGCAGGCCAAUGAGAAGGAGCUGGCUGCCUGUCAGCUGCUCAUCUCCCAGCACCAGGCCAAGAUCAAGUCCCUGACAGACUAUACACAGAAUGUGGAACAGAAGAAGAGGCAUCUGGAGGAGAGUCAGGAUGCCCUGAUGGAGGAGCUGGCCAAACUCCACGCUCAGGAGAAAAUGCAUGAGAUGUCAGUGAUGGACAAGGAGAAAGAGCACAUGAGCAGGCUGCAGGACGCGGAGGAGAUGAAGAAGGCCCUGGAAGAGCAGAUGGAGAGCCACCGGGAAGCUCACCAGAGGCAGCUGAGCCGGCUGCGUGAUGAGAUCGAGGAGAAGCAGCACACCCUGGAUGAGCUCAGGGACCUCAACCAGGGUCUGCAGCUGGAGCAAAGGAAGCUGAUGGCCGACAACGAGAAGCUGAAGGCGGAGGAGCAGGAGAAGGAUGCGGAACUGCGGAAGCUUCUUCUGCUGGAGGAGAAAAGGCAGCAGGCCAAAGACGACCUCAAAGGUCUCGAGGAGACUGUGUGCAGGGAACUUCAGUCCCUCCACAGCCUACGAAAGCUCUUCGUGCAGGACCUCACCACCCGUGUCAAGAAGAGUGUUGAGCUGGACUGUGAUGAUGCGGGUGGCAGCAUUGCCCAGAAGCAGAAGAUCACCUUCCUGGAAAACAACCUGGAACAGCUCACCAAGGUUCACAAGCAGCUGGUGCGGGACAAUGCGGACCUGCGCUGCGAGCUGCCCAAGCUGGAGAAGCGUCUGCGUGCCACAGCCGAGCGCGUCAAGGCCCUGGAGUCGGCCCUGAAGGAAGCCAAGGAGAACACGGUGCGCGACCGCAAGCGUUACCAGCAGGAGGUGGAGCGCAUCAAGGAGGCCGUGCGCGCCAAGAACAUGGCCAGGAGGGGGCACUCCGCGCAGAUCGCUAAGCCCAUCCGGCCCGGUCACCACCCUGUGGCCUAUCCCUCCCCAAGCCAUUAUGUCCGUGGAGGUGGGGCCGCUGGUGGCCAACAGCAUCGCCACAGCAGCAAGUAAUGGACUGGAAGGGGAUUCCGGGCCAGCAGUAUUCAGAAGGCUUGCCCAUUGGUACAAUUACACCCCCCCACAUGCCACUUGACCUGAAGCUACCCCCCCCCACCAAUCACAAACACACAUCCCAAAUGAUUCAUUACCUCAACCACGUCUCAGAGGCUCAGCAAGUGUCUCGACUGAUGGAAGCAAAACAAGAACUAUGGACCAAACCUCCACCUCCUCACCUUCAAGCCCCUGGCUGGCUGAGGUUCACCAGAUGGAGAAACCCCUAGGCUGAAAACUACUGCCUGCAUCUCCAGACCCCCUGCAGCAGCUUUGACCCUCCCGCCAUCUCAGGGUCCUAGUCACUGGCAGUAUUCUUAGUGACUCCCAUGUUCAAGUUCAAAAAUCUUUGGCUUUGUGAUUUCUGUGAUCCUACUCAAAAAGCCACUUUGCCCCCACCCCCCUAUCGCCCCUCAAAUGUUCCAGAAAACUAAAUAAGUUAAGUCAGAAGAUGCCACAGCAGCAUCUCCUAAAUAAAGAAUUCCUUCAUGUAAUAUUUAAUGUGAUGACUGUUUGUCUUGGGGGCCCCAUGUAAAUACGUGGUUUGAUUAGUGGUAAACACAGUCGCAGCAAACACCCACAUUUCUGAUUGGCCGUUCGUGUCAUGUGACCUGCCUCCCUGUCUCGUGAUUAGAUUUGUUUCUGGACGGCUUGUCAUAUGGUGAUACCAGUAAAUCCCCCACCCCCAAGAAACAGAAACCCUCACCUGUUACAGUCACUUCAUUAGGAGGGAAUUUACUGUAUCCCUUAUCUUCUGAAGGAAGAGCAAAACAUGGAAUAAAAUUGCUGAGGAUUUAGGGUUUAGACCUGUUGGACACUUACACCCUCAGGAAGGGCACGGGGGAUGUUAAAUCUUCUCUGGGUGGUGGGAAAUCCCUCCCCCCCGUGACAAUGAUCUCUCUAGCAAUGAGGCCUCUUGUGUCCACCAGAACGGACAGUUUGUUGUUUUCGUUCUAUUUGCACAAACUUAAUUUAUCUGUACGUUUUAUUUUGAACUAAUUUCUGUUGCUUUUACAUUUUUUUUUACAUGCUUUUAGUGUGUUUUCAGAUGUAUGAUUGCGUUUAAUUUAUUCAGCUGUAAUUUUUUGUCCAGAUAUUUUAUUUAUUUCGCACUUAUGAAAAUGUUUACAAAAUUAUCUGAAAUGGCGCAAGAUGAACACGGACCUGUUUCUAUUACCAUGGGUGUAAUGUUCAAAUCGACGGGACAGAAAAAAACUUGUUAUACCUUUUUACUUCGGUGCGUUUUCAUUUGACCGGGCAGAACGAUACAACACAUAAUGGCUGGCCCGGUGCUAUUUCUUCAUAAUCUUUAAUCCUAAUGGUUCCUGUAAUAUUCAACCAAAACCAAAGUAUGACUCCUUGUAGUUGUUUUUUUUUCUGGAAGGUUUACUAUGGAAGAUUACGUUUGAUUAUAAUGGCAGUGAUGCUGAUCAGCAAAUCAGUCCAUCGUGCCGUGAAAAGAAAAAAGGUGGCCUUUUAACGAAGCUGUUUUUUUUGUUGCUGAAUUUAUGGUCACGUUUGCUAUUUCCAUGUUCCCCCGACUAUGAAUUAUACAGGAUCGCUGGUCAUUAGGACUCCGGGUUUAUUUUUACAUGCAUGCGAGUACGAAUUCUCAUGUAGAAACUCGCCUGUGCUGAUUAAAUGAAUCGGUUAAUGUAUAAAGAUAAUUUGUCUUUUGACAGAGUAAUCAGAGCAGUGUGCCAGCUGACCUUGGUCUACAUGCAUAUACUACUGUGCACCUACAGUAACUUCACACGACCUUACAUGCCUUAACUGUGGACCUGCAGCCCCCCCGACCCCCUACUCAGCAACCGGUCUUCAGGUUACGGACUUUCUUUCGAUUCUAAUUUUUUGUACCUAAAACUGGACUGAUCACAUUUUUUCCUGAAUGUAAAUUUGCCCUGUUUGUCAAAACAGUAUAAAUCAAAGCAUUUUGCCUAGAAAUGUACUUGUCAUAAAUUCAUUUUAUUUUUUCUAAACAAUGGUUUUCAUGUUGGUUAUUAAUCCUGCUAAUAGCCCCGAAAGGUAAUCAUUACUAACAGUUUCCUGCUGUCUGUUUUCACACGUUUUGCCAUCAUUUAACAGGAAAUGAAACUCACACACCGGCAUUUCCUACCUAAUGGCAUCUGGGUGUUAGUCUGACAUUUUCUACAUUUAUAGAGAUACUUUAUAACCAGACUCCGUUCUUCUUAUUUAUUUUUCAUACCUUUAUUAAAGUAUGUAUCCGUUUUAUUCACUUCUGUUUUGAGAUAAGGUUGCUCGUGUGUUGUUUGGCGUAUCUGCGCCUGUCUUGUCUAACACACUGGACAGGGUCACGUGAAGAAGGAUCCUUCAUCAGUUAAUACUGAAUUUAAACGUAGGCACCUGAUGACCAUAAUCCCAAUCAGCCCUGUGCCGUCCAAAGACUGAAAUGUAACUCAGAAAUUCUUCAUGCUGAUUUUGCCUCCAAAUCAUGUGUCGCAGUGAUGUUUGACCUUAACUUUGAGGUACAACUUGUUAAAUAAACUUGCUUAACAUACUUAAGAAAGUCUUCUGCAGCUUAAUGCCAGUUAUUGGGUGUGUUCACAUCACCCCCCUUCCCCUCCACUUCAGUUGUACUGAAUUCAUUCCCCUGGACGUGAUCUAUUAAUCUAAAGCUACACCAAAACGAAAGAUUGCUUAAUUUUUCAAUUCAUGGCUAUUUUUCACCCAUCUUGUCAACCCCAGGCAACUGAUGAAUGUAUACUGAAAGUUACACGAUUGUAAAGUUUUGAGCAACUUAAAACCCAAGCUUAAAUAUGAUGCACUGAAGACCUAAGCCCGGUUCCUCUUCGCUACCAUCUCAAACACAUUUAAAUUUCUUCUCCAAAAUUGAGCGCAAACGUCCCGGCGACGAUACUAAUUGGGGAUUAAGCUUCCAUCUAUCCGUCCAUCUAGUGGAUCCUUUGGGUAUUUUGCUGUGGCGUAACGUUUGUCCAUUUAUCUCGUGAAACGUGGCCGUGUAAACUGCAGAUGUGUCAUGCUGUAUGUAAAACAUCCUUUUUUAUACGUUAAUGAUGUGCUAAGUUAAAUAUACAUAGGAGUAAAUGGAACGAUCUACCAGUUAAAACUGGGUUUAAAAUCGACACCACAAAUAACACUCCCAGUUAAUAAAUCACCUGUAGUUGGUUUGUAUUUUGGCUAAUGCCAGUUAUUACUGUACGGUGUAUUUUUUAAGCGUGGAAAAAGGUAUAAAUAAAGUCGUAUAAAACUUUA